AUAGCUACUCAGUUAAACCGCAAAGGCAGUCGCUGGCCAAUGUUUCACGCUGGAAGUGGUUUCAGUUACAGUUUAGUGGCCUGCGAUAACGAGAUAGUUUUUUUUCUCACUCCCUCUCUCUCCGGUGUCGUCAAGUUCCGGCAAACGAUUUGCGAGCUGUUUACCGACCGGAAAGUGAAAAUUUCCCCCGUGGGAGCGUAAGGCCACCAACCAUAUGAAUCAAUGUGGAUUAUUCCGAGCGCAACGAAACCGAACCGAACGGCGAAGAAAGCGACCAUUAAAUCACUUCAACAAUCCAUAAAACUCACUCAGUCGGAAUUCCCGACGAAGAAAACCGAAGAAACACCACAAAGAAGUGAAUUUGAUUAGGGUAAAGGAAAGAAUCGGAACGUGAAGAUUUUUCUGCGGCACAGUACAAUAAAUUGAAAGAUGGUUGGACCGAUUUAAUAGUGGUUGUGUGAUGUAAUUUCAGUCGUCCUCCUCCGAGAGAAGAAGAAGAAGAAGAAAAAAAGAUCUUAUUGGGGGAAAAUAAAAUCAGCUGGAUUGGAAAGUGCUUUGAAAUAGGGUCCAAUUUUUUAUUCUAUCAAAGCAGCAUCUCCUAGCGACGGUUGCAUCCGGACAGCCGUCACGGACGGUUUGGCCAGUAAGCGUUCACACAAAUGUCAUUAUUCGGAGUAGUCGCUACCCUGCUGAUGGUCGCACUGGGAGCGGACAUUCGCAAUGUUAACGGAUUACGAUGCUAUUCCUGCAGUUUGACAGCCACUUCAGGCGAUAAGAGGUGCAUUACGGAUCCCGCGGCCGUCGAAGGGCAAAGCAUCGUGACGUGCAAGUACAAGUACUGUACGAUUCAGCGCCAGGAACUGCUGGACCCACCCGGUAAACUCAACACAUUUUUGCGAGGAUGCGACGAAAAUCCUUUGUACUUAGACGACAUGGUAGACGACUCCACCUUCCGAGGCUACUAUCGUUCCUGCAACACCGACUUGUGCAAUUCGGGAGACGGCCUGUCCAGUACCAAUGUCAUGUCCGGUUUGGAAGCGGGUGCCUCGGAGAACUUACUUGUACCGGGUCUUCUAAAUGGAAGCCACAGUAGAGUACUGUUCGGUGGUCCAUGGAUUUUGAUUUCACUACUGAUUAUGUCAUACCAACGAAGCUGGAUGCUGGUGUGAAAAAAACUGUUCUAAAUAUACUCCAAUUUGAUAUCAUUAA